CCGCCUCCCAGGUGCGCAGAACCUUUCGGCCCCGUUCCAGGUUACCGAGAACCUAACCCCACGUCCGGGCGACUCCCAAGGAAGGAGCCAUCUGUUCCCCAAGGGCAAACCGGUCUCAAGCUUGACCGGACUCAACCAGACGGCAGGCACCUCAUGACAUGGCCACUCAUGUCAUCCAAGCAGGACACCCUCGAACCUUCCGUUUCUCCGCCCUGUCCAAUCGUCAUCGUCAUCGUAUCUGCCCUGCUGCGGCCGCCGGCCUUGUAUAAGAACGAAGUCGCGCUCCUUCCCCAACAGCCACCCCCAGUCGAAUCAUCAACCAAUCCCCCGCAGCGGUUGAUCAGCACCAGAACUUGAGAGGACGGUCUCUGACUUUGAGUUCUAUCUCCCCUCAACUCCGUUUACCUAUUGUAUCUCCCCUCCUAUUCCCGCUCCUAGUUUUGACCUCAGUACCGCUCGACCAAACAGUCUGUCGUUUAUCUUCGCUGAGUCCUCACUUCAAAACCCCAAUACCAUACAACCUGCGACUUGUCACCGUCUACACCCACAGCAACACCACAAUCGACAACCAUGUCCAAGCAAAAGUCAGGGCUGGGGAGUGGCUUGCCCAAAAACGCCAAUGAUGCCGAACAAUCAGCCCAAGUCGAGCUCUAUAAUGUGACGCUUGCCGAGUCCGCUGAGCAGCGUGAAAGAGAGAUGACUUUUGGCGAGGCCCUCAAGGCAGACAGGCGCUUGAUCAUGUAUUCGAUCGGCUUUUCCGGAACCAUCAUAAUGGAGGGUUACGGUCUUGCCCUGAUGACAUACCUCUUUACCCUGGAACCCUUCAACCGCAAGUACGGCGUUCUAACAGCCGAUGGGAAAUAUGAGGUUGAAUACAUUUGGAAGGUUCUUCUGCCGCUCACGGCGCAGAUUGGCUCCAUCAUCGGGAUCUUUGUUACAACGCCGUGUACCAAAUGGUUCGGUUACAAGUGGACGACACUCCUGAUGCUUAUUUUCUCAGCCACUCUCAUCGCCAUGCCUUUCUUCGCGCCCAACAUCAUGAUAUUGUGCGUCGGGUUCUUCCUCCAGGGUAUCCCAUGGGGUGUCUUCCAGGUCGUCAGCCCUGCCUACGCCUCCGAGGUGUCCACUAUUCAGCUUCGUCCCAUCUUGACUACGUGGAACAAUCUUUGCUGGGUUAUUGGCCAGCUGCUGUCAGCAGGAGCUAUCAAGGGCUUCUCGGUGGCUUUCCGCACUGAAUGGGCCUUCAGGAUCCCUUUCGGUCUUCAAUGGAUCUUCACAUUCCUGCUCGCCAUUGGUAUUUGGUUAGCCCCCGAGUCUCCAUACUGGUACAUCCAAAAGGGUGAGAUAGCCCGUGGCCGGCAGGCGAUCGUUAAGCUAGUUCGCAAAGGAGAUCCGAGCAUGGCCGAAGAGAAGCUUGCCCUAAUGCAGCACACCAUUCAGCAGGAACAUAUGAAGGACGCUGAGAUCGCCCAGCUUGGCAAGUGGGAGAGAAUCAAGCUCAUGCUCAAAGGCUCUGACGCCCGGAGAACCGAGAUCGCCUGCAUUGCGUGGACUAUCCAGGCCAUGUGCGGCUCCAGCAUCAUUGCGUGGGGUCCCAAGCUUUUCGAGAAUUCCGGGUUGGACGCCAGCCAGUCUUUGUCUGUCAACAUGGCUUUGCCCGCUGCAGGACUGCUUGGAACACUGGCCUCCUGGUGGUUGAUGGCGUACAUGGGUCGGCGAUCCAUUUACUUCUACGGCCUCCUUGUGAUGGCGUUACUCCUGGUGGCAUGCGGUGGUGCUUCCUACGCCCCAGCUAACGUCUCGGGAUGGGCAGCUGGUGGAGUGUUGACCGUCUACACCAUGGUGUACGACCUUACUGUCGGCCCGAUCUGCUACUCAAUUGUAUCUGAAAUACCGUCUAUUCGCUACCGCGCUGUCACCCUCUCAGCAGCUCGCGGCGCAUACCUGGGAUCCAACCUGAUCAACCACUUCUUGACACCCAAGAUGUUGAGCGCGCCUAGUGAAGGCGGCUGGGGACUCGGAUCGCGGACGGGCUUCGUCUACGCAGUCCUUUGCCUCAUUAGUGCUACCUACACUUGGUUCCGCAUCCCUGAGACUAACGGCCUCUCGGCUCGCUCUCUGGAUAUUUUGUUCCAGCACGGUGUUUCGGCAAGACAGUUCAGCAAUGCCACGGCUGCUCAAUAUGAGCAGCUAGAUCGCGAGAAGAACACUCGGUUGACCAAUACCGCGUCGCAGAAUAGUGUUUUUUCAGUACAUGCGGUUUCGAGCAAGGCUCAAUGAUUGGUGCAGUGAGAGAAGAGACAUGGUGCAAGGGCGAGGGCAGAGUGCCAGGGGGACCUCGAAGCUGUUGUAAUGAGACCAAGUUUAACAUGCCCGUUUCGGUAUUUGAGGAUGAUUGUGUUAUUUAGUAUACCCUUUUUUCUUUUCGUGUGGCGAAAUGUAGCCGAGGAGCUGGGAUCAAAAGAGCACGCAGUAGAAGCAUGUACCUGCUGAAUGUAUUAGCUACGACAUACAAACAAUAACGAGAUACAUUAUGAUGAUGAUAUGAGUGACCUGGGACUUGGAAGAGGAUCAUGACCAAAAGUUCGACCUAG